GCUACUAGGCUGCGGAUCAGCACAGCAUGUGGAUUUGUUUCCUAAAUGUCUACGCUAUUGCUGAGAACUGGUACUCUGUCCCAAACGAACCGUCAUUCAUCUGUCCUGGCGCUGAUCACCCAAUCGCAAUCCAUGCCAACCGAUGUGAUCAAUUACAGCGUGAUCGGCUAAAUCUGCCCAACAAAAAAAAGUUCUUUGUUGAACAGCAGGCUUGGUAGAGCUCCCAAUUCUUCUGUUCUCCUUGAAUACCUUCGACUGUCUUCUACAUACUCACUAUUUUGCAGCAGCACCAGACAGGCCAAAAAGAACAUGGAUCUAACGGAGAAGGAGGUUGCGUUUGGCAAAAAACUGGCGCACGUGGACAAGGAGGUGCGGGACCAGGCGGUGGGCAAGCUGUCGGUAUUCCUGUCACAGGACACUGAGCUGGAGUACAUGGAGAUGCUGCGGCAGUGGAAGGCGCUGUUCUACUGUUUUUGGCUCUCAGACAAGCCGCUGGUGCAGCAGGAGCUGGCAUGGAACCUGGGCAACAUGAUCCUGGCAUGCAAGGGCGUGAACCGCGGCAGGUUCCUGCAGGCAUUCUGGGAGACGAUCUGCCGCGAAUGGUCGGCGCUGGACAAGCACCGGAUCGACAAGUACCUUCUGCUUCUGCGCCGAGUGGUGUUCUUUUCGCUCAAGUCGCUUGAGCAGAGCUUCGUGGGACGCGGAGCUUGUUGGCGAGUAUGCUCAGAUCUACGGCACGUUCCCGCUGCAUCCGACGAAUCUGCGGAUCCCGCACAGCGUGCGCACGCAGGUGGCGAAUGUGUUUAUUGACGAGCUGGUGCGGUUAAAUUCAGAGAUGCUCAAGGAGGAGCGCGAUAACACAGACAUGCCGGUAGGUGCGCUUCUGGAGCCGUUUGCGCGGUUCAUCGGGGCCACCACGAUCCGGCAUCUGCCGCCGAUUAUCCAGGAGUCAGUGUUUGACAAUAUGGUGGUGCGGAUUGCCGAGGCUGAGGAGGCCCAGAUGAGCAAGGGCUCGGAUGACGAGAGC